AUGGCCAAGACCAAUCUUGAUCAAAGAGAUUUUCUGUGUACACCCUUGAAGAGAAUUUCCGAGGUAAUUUCACUCAUUAAAAUUUACGUUAUCUUUGUCAUCGUGAUAUUGGCUAUGGAUUUACCCGAUACCGCCGUGGCGCAAGCUGAGCAACCCCUUUUCGAGCUUCCAGUGCAAUUAGUUGGUUUUCCCGUCAUCAUUAUGGCUGUGCGACUCACAAAUUUCGUGAAGAAGUUAGCAUAUUCUCUCAAUCCGCAAACAUAUCAGUCGCGCACUCGACGCUCCGUUGAGCACGCGACUUCGGGGUCUUAUGCAACGGCGGCCAUCGACGCCGUCCUGGCGGAGAAGAGGAUACUUUCGGAGUUCGGGCCGAAGGCGUGCGUUCUCGAGGAGCCGUGCAGGAUUCACGCAUGGAAGGCUGUGCCAGGAGAGCAGCCCGACUGGGACGAUAUCUUGAGCAACUACAAAGUCCACAAUGUUGGAAUGCGCCAAUGGUACCUGCUCUCGGUCUUCCUGGGCGAUGUCAUCAGGAGUCCGAACCUUUGCAAGCAACUUGCCAAAAGACUUGAUUGUCAUCGAGAAAGCCGAGAAUUUGCGUGA